CCUGCAUCGAUUACAAGAGUCUGCUGAUGGUGUCAUUUCAGUGUGACGCCUGCCAAGACGUCGUGAAGAAGCCAAAACUUGACGCGCACUCUUACAGAUGCUAUUCAUCUUUCACUUGCGUAGACUGCAGCAAAACAUUUCAUACUUCCGCCGAAUGGAAAGGUCAUACAUCCUGCAUCUCUGAAGCAGAAAAAUACCAGAAAGGAUUAUACAAGGGAAAAAAGAAUAAGCAACAAAAUGGAUCAAUUGGCCCACGUGGAGACAAAGUGCAAACACCGGGACACGAAUUAACAAAUGGACCUGUUCUCUCGGAAUCUCCGUCUGAGCCGAAAGAGGAGACUCAACAUAAACCUUCGGGAGAUGUGACAGACAGGGUAGUGGCUGUUGGUAGUGAAGACGACUCCACGGUUCCCAUACUAAAAGCUGAUGUAAUGAACUCUACACCGACUAAGAAAUUAAAAAAGGAUAAAAAGAGAAAGCGCAGGGAAGCGGAAGUCGUCGAUGUGCACUUAAAUGAUGCGCCCACGAACGGAGAAUCCAAGAAGAAAAAGAGGACAGAUGUCCUAGAAAGGGAAGAAAAGAUGAAGGCGCAUGGAACCGCUGAAAGGAAAGAGCCGACCACCCCGCUAGACUCGGAACCAAUACAGACAACGAAACGGAAGAAAAACAAUGAUAAGAAUAGGUCGAAGGACGAUAACGAUAAAUGUGUUAGCGCUCCGCCACUGACGGAGCCGCAACAAUCUCCUUUCCUGAUGAAGCAAGGCGAUGGGACAGUGUCUGGGAAGAAGCGAAAGCGAAAGCAUCGGGAAUCUGACGAAACAGAGAAGAUUUCCUCAGAGCCUACAGAGACCAUGAGGAACAACGCGAGUGAUGACAUACCGGUCAAGAAGAAGAAGAAAAAGGAAAAAUCAAAGAAAGACCAGGAAAGUAAUCCAGCGACGGACCCUGUCAAGGAUGGUCUCAAUUCUGAGUUGGAAAUGGUCGGUAAAAGGCAGCCUGACGAUAAAGGCAAUGAAGAACUGGGCGCUAGGAGUACCAAGAAAGAGAAGAAAAAGAAAGAGAAAACGAAGAAAAUUAAGUCUUUGGAGGAGACGACGGCCAGUUCCUGA